UCAAUGUAAAAUUGAUGGGCAUCGUUAGCACUAAUAUGAUGGCUGUAAAUGGGUCACGAUCGAAAUUCGGAGGUGUCAUGUUGCCCCAAGUAAGGAAGCAAAUAAAUGCAUAUGUGCAUUUAUGUAUAUGUUGCGAAUUAUUUUUAGGUAAUGGCACAACACCACCAACACAUCGUGGCGCUCAGGCUGGACACAGAAAUUGAUGGAAGCUGUAACACCGUUGAAACGGUGGAUGUCGUGCCGCUAGAUGGUUCCACCAGUUCAAAGGCAAAUCCGUACGGUCAAGGUUUUACGGUUAGGAAAAAUAGGCUAGAAACUCAAGGAAAAGGUGGAGUAAAUACGAGCUCGGAAACGGGUAGGGUGUGGAUGGUGAUAAAUGAGGGCAGUGUCCAUCCACAUUCUGGUGGUCCGGUGGGAUACAAGUUGAUCCCGUCUAACAGUCCCAAGCUCAUGCAGAAGGAUGACAGCCCAAUUCUGCGACCAAUAUUUUCGCAUGCUCGAAACAACCUAUGGGUUACCCGCUACAAGGAUGGGCAAAUUUUUGCGGGUGGAUUUUACAAAAGCGAGCUAGGUCUACCAGACUGGAUGGAGGCAGAGUCGAAUUCAACAAUUGUUAACACCGAUAUCGUCCUCUGGCACGUGUUCAACGCGGUCCACGUUGCUAGAGCAGAAGACUUUCCCUUAAUGUCCGCCGAGUAA